GCGCGUGCAGUUGAGUCCAUUGCAGAACGCCGGCGGUCUAGUAUAUGAUAUUAUUUUAGUCUGCCGCAGUCGCCGUCUAUACGUUUUAUAUUAUUUUGUACUCGGUAAUUCCGCCUUUCGUCUUCAUUUGAAAACAAUAAUCUUCGGGUGUCAUUUAUUAUAGAUACAUCGCGGGGUGGCCUUUUACCACUAAGUCUUGGCUUUUCCUACCAAAAACCGCGAAGACUACGCCACUCGUCUGCCCGCGGAGACGAAGUAUAAGUAUCUCAAAUCUUAAUCAGGCAAAAAUGAAAUUAUGGCUGAUGUUGUCAAUAGCAAGUUAUUCAAUUUUAGAAUGUUUUCCUGGAGCUAUAACAGCAUUUUCGGACUCUGAAGUAUCUAUUCGGGAAAAAAGGCAAGGAACUGUAACAGAUACCUGUGAUUUUGGUGUUGAUCCUGGGUUAUUAACAUGUGAUUGGAAAAAUCGAAAUGGAUCUGCUUUAAAAUGGGAACUAGGAGCCGGUACACUCUCAAAUUGGUUAGGCGGGCCACCAUCAGAUGCAGGACAAGGAGAAGAUGCAGAAAAAGGAGGGUACAUUUUUUUCGAAACAUCUUUGUUAGCUGCACCAAUAGUGCGAGUUGAUGAUAUUACUAUUAGAGAAGGUCAAAAUGCAUUUAUUGAAAGCCCAGUACUUGGGAGUACGGGAGCAGAAGGAAAAUGCAUUUCUUUUAGCUUCAAUGUUGAUGGGUUGAGUGCAGCUGGACUAAGAGUUAUUUUACAACCUACAAACAAAGAUGGUCGGCCAGAUGGAUUUUUCAGAGUAUUAUGGGGCACUAAGGAUCCAACUAAUAAAGUGUGGAUGAAUUCAGAAGUACUUUAUACAUAUAACAAAGAGCAUCAAGUGGUAUUCGAAGGGUUAGCAAAAGACUUGCCAGAUCCAUUUAGGAAAUUCCGUGGUUAUGUCGCAGUAGACAAUAUAGCAAUAAAACAGGGGCUAGAUUGUAAAGGUCAUUGUACAUUUGAAGGCGGUUUCUGUGGCUGGAUUAAUGAUGAGGACGAUGAUUUCAACUGGUCAUUGGGGAGAGGAAGUAAAAAUCCAUCUACUGGGCCAGCAACUGAUCGAUCAAGUUUUAUUUAUGGUGGAAUGGAAGGAGGCUAUGCAUUUAUUGACUCUUCAUACCCACGAAGGCCUGGUGAUAUGGCUCGUAUGUCAAGCAUGGAGUUUGAUCCAACUGGACCAGAUACACCACUCUGCCUCCGAUUUUGGACUCAUAUGUAUGGAAAUGGAAUUGGAACAUUGACAAUUUCGAUAAGUGAUACCAGAGAAGGAGAAGAUAGAGAUAUUUGGUCACUUACUGGAGAAGCUGGAAAUUCUUGGUACCAAGCUGAGGUACCUGUUUCAUCGGCAAACCCGUUUAAAAUAAUUAUAAUUGCUAAAAUCGGUAAAAAUAAUCUUGGAGAUAUUGCUGUAGACGACAUUUCUUUGACACCGGGAAGUUGUCCUACUGCUCCCCAAAUCGCGGCAGCCACAUCUGGCGAUUGUACAUUCGAAGUGGAUGAAUGUGGAUGGAGUAAUGUAGUAUCCAGAGAGCGUUUGGACGAUAUUGAUUGGGAAAGGACUUCCGGGGCUGCACUGAGAAGUACAGCUCAUGAUCAUACAUUGGGCACAGAAAAAGGAUAUUUGAUGACAUUGGCACGUACAGCCCUCCAACGGCCUGGAAGUCGUGCAUGGUUUACAUCAAGAGAUUUCAAAACAACGUCUACUCCUCGUUGUUUGUCAUUCUGGUUCGUGAUGAAUGAACCUUUUAUCGACACAACUGGCCCAAGUUUAGGCGCUUUGAGUAUUUAUCUGCGAAGUAAUGACAACACUGGAAGUACCAUAAUGAAACCGAUUUGGCGGUUGUAUAAUCAUCAAGGCCCAGACUGGCAAUAUGCUCAAGCGCUCAUUAAGGAACCUAAUGAUGCCAUUUUGAUCGAAGGUAUAUGGGGUUCCAGUAGAGCAAAUGGGUUCAUCGCAUUCGAUGACAUAACAUUUUUUGGCGGUUCUUGUUCAAUUAUUCCGGCGGGAGCAAAAGUGCGGCCGGGUGAAUGUAGAUUUGAACGUGAUAUGUGUGAUUGGACAAAUGGUACAGACAAAUCACCGGCUUCGUGGAGAAUGGCUACGGUGAACAGAAGACCUUCCAAUUUACCCGAUAAGACUUUUGGUGCUCCAGAUGGUUAUAUAUACUAUGACUUAUUUAACCAAAUAUUGGGUUCAAAUAUGGUACGGCUAAUAUCACCAGUCAUACCAGUAACUGACGAACCACAACUUUGCUUUUCAUUCUGGUAUGCUGCUUUUGGUGCUGGUGAGUCGGCAUUGUUGCAAAUUAUGAGACAAGACAAUAGUUCAGGAGAAACACCAGCAGAAAAAAUUUGGAGUCUAGAAGCAAAGAAUAUGGACACCACAAGACCGGCAUGGAUGCCUGCACAAGUAACAGUUGAAUCUAAUAAACCUUUUCAUAUAAUUAUGGAAGGACAAGCAACAAACGGAGGAUUUGCUGUAGAUGAUAUAAUAUUCACUCCAGGAUCUUGUCCAACACGUCCAGACAAGGCCGCUCUGAAAAAUCAAAAACUAAAAGCGGCUUAAAUUGAAAUCAACGUAUUAACAAUACGCCUGUGUUAUUAUUAUCUAGUCAAUUUAAAAAAUUAACAAAUUUUAUUCAUGAUAUGAUCAUGAACAUAUGAUUUAUGCAUAUAUGCAUGUAAUAAUUAUGUCAUUACAUUUAUAAAUGUACGGACAUGUAUUUUAAUUUUUAUUAGUUAUGUAUAAUAUACUAUAUUUUUAUCUGGACAUUUUUCAUGUAAAUCGAUAAAAUAAUGUUUAUAUUUUUAUUUGGUAUAAGAAUAUUUUAACCUUCAACUAAAAACUAAAAAGCUGUUAUAGGUUUUAUGAAAAUAGCCAUAAUGCGUUAAUUUUUUAAAGACCAACAGACAACAGUACCUACCUUACAGCUAUACUAUUUGUGGUAUUAAUUUAAAUUUGUUUAAAAAUGUAAACAUUUAUUUAUACCUGCCAGUUGGCUCCAAUAUUAUAACAGCAUAGAUUGGAAUGUUCCAUAAAAUCUAGCAUAUAAUUAUUUUUAACAUAAAUAUACCUAUACAUAAUACAUAGGUACGUAAGCAAAACUUCCAUUAUAAACACAUUUAAUUAGUAACAUAGGUAAUCAUUAUAAUAGUUACUACCAACCUAUUUAAUUAAUUAAUUAUUAUUAAUGGAUGCAAACAUUUUCUAUUUACUAUAGUUUAUUAUUUUGUUAACUUUAUUAAUUUUGUGUAUAAUAAUUCAAUUUGUUUUAAAUACUUCCAUUUUUAUUAGUUUUUAUUGUGCCGAACAUACUUUUUUUGAAUCUAGAUUUAUUGGAAUUGGUAAUUAGUAAAUUUUUAUACUUUUUAUAUAAAAUAUUUAUUUUCACUAAAAUUUUAAGCAAACUAUGUAUGCAUAAAUUGUUAUAAAUUAAAUAAUACUUAACUACCUACUGCUGUGUAUGUUAAAACAAUAUACCUGUACAUCUUUAUAGUUAUAAUACAAUGUUUUCAUCUGAUUCUAUAGAUAUUAACAGUAAGUACCUACCUACCUAAUUUUAACAAUUUAUUUUACAAUUAUAUACAUAAAAAAAAAAUGUUUAUUUUGUAAUAUGUUUAAACAUAUACCUAGUAUUAAAUAUAAUACAUAAGUGUACAAUUUCAGAAUAAACAAUUGUUUCAAUCAUUAUAUAGAUAAGUGAAAUUAUUGUAUCCAUAUUUAAAAUAAAUUUUAUUGAUUAAUUCCCUUCUAUUAGGUACUAUGUUGUGUAAUAAAUAUAUUAUUAUAUUAUUUGAUUUGUAAAAGACGUACCAGUCACCUAUGUACAUUCUUCAUAGGUUCCUUGAAAGUUGAAGUGAUGGAAUGCAGUUGCCAGUUAUUCGGUUAGAAUUUUGGAAGUCUGCAUUGCAUGCUGCAUGCACAAGACAGUUCU